AUGGGUUCCUCUGAAACUCGCCGUAUUCUGGAGAAGGAGUUCGACAACGUGGGAUCUGGCUCUGCUGCCCACACUACUGAAGUGCCCACCUUGUUAUUUAAUGGGCUGCCCACCAGCACCAUCUUCACUGCACCGCCGGGUUUUCACACCGUCUCAGCCACUCCGCCGUCAGGGCAAAGUGUUGGGGUCCAGAGAUUUGCUCUGGAGGAGAGGCCGAAGGAGAAAGCACGACUGAAAAACCAGGUGUCGCAACUGAAGCACCAGCUUGAGGAUUUGGAGGAAUCACUGAGGGAGAAAUCCCGAAGGGACGAUAGAGGGCAGAGGUCAGGGAAAUCGAACAAAGCAGAAAGGUCGUACAGGGCAGAGAGGUCCCAUCGUUCAGAGAAAUCACGCUAUAUAGAGAAGUCAGAGGAACAGGAGCUGGAGUAUUCCUUUGGCAGGCCAGGGCGCAAGGAUCACAAGCGCCCCCACGCUCACGACUCCCCGAGGGACAGACGGGAACAUGGGAGAGAUAAGGAGGAUAAAAGGGCCAAAACGUCAAGGUUCCACCCUAUCAACAACCGCAGUCCUUUCUCCGACGACAUUCUGGCGGACACUUUACCCAGAAGCUACAAACCCAUCUCGCUAGACUAUGAUGGCACUACCGACCCGGAGGUACACCUCAAUCGGUUUGAGGGGUUGGUCACACUGCAUAUGUAUACUGAGGGCAUCAAGUGCCGUAUCUUCUCCACGACUCUGACUGGACCAGCUCAGCUAUGGUUCGGAACGCUUGCCCCCAAUUCUAUUUACUCCUUUGAGGACUUGCAGACUCGCUUCUUACGUCAGUUCGCAAGCUCGCGAAGGGUGGGAAAGUCAGCUCUUUCGCUGAUGGAUAUCAAACAGGAUCAGAAUGAAACACUGAGGGAAUAUACUGCCAGAUUUAACUUAGCCGCUCUGGAGGUGCCAGAGGCGGAAUCCCAAAUUAAGAAUUGCGCCUACGUCAGAGGGCUCAGGCCGGGGAUUUUCUUUGAUGAACUACAGAUCCGACCAGCAAAGGAUUUUGACGAUAUUAUGGCAAGGUUGCCAGGCUAUUUGCAGUUAGAGGACGCCAGGAUGGCGAGAAAAGCGGAAAACGAUAAACACAAAGUCAAAAGAGCUGAGGAAGCACCAGAGAGACAACGACAUCAGGACAGGGCACCAUUCAGAGGGUUACCUCCAAGGGAACUGCCACCCCAAGGAGAGAUGCCGCCUCGACAACAACGUACUGUGAACGAAGUCACGCGAUUCACCGAAUACACACCUCUAAACAAACCACAAGAGAAAAUCUUCCAUUUGAUAAAAAACCAAACAUUCUUCCGGGCACCAGGGACUUAUCGGGACGGGCCGCCGCAGGAGGGGCCCAACAAUAAGCUGUGCGAGUAUCACAAUGUCUUUGGACAUUAUACCAAAUAUUGUGGUCAUCUCAAACACCAGUUGGAAUUAUUGGUUCGCCAGGGAAAUCUCGAUCAGUUCAUUGACAGGGGGAAUGAGGGCCAGAGGCGGAAUGAUCAGAGGGAUCAUAGGGAUCAGAGGGAUCAACGGGAUCAGAGGGAUUAG